AUGGCGGCGGAAACGAAAUACUACGACGUCCUCGGCGUCUCUCCAACAGCCACCGACGCCGAGCUGAAGAAGGCGUACAAAAUCGGCGCCCUCAAGUACCACCCUGACAAGAACACAAACAAUCCUGCUGCCGAGGAAAAGUUCAAGGAAAUCUCUCAUGCUUACGAAAUCCUUUCCGACAGCCAGAAGCGACAGAUCUACGAUCAGUAUGGCGAGGCCGGUCUCGAGGGUGGCGCUGGUGCCGGUGGCUACGGCAUGAAUGCUGAGGAUCUUUUUGCCCAGUUUUUCGGCCAAGGUGGCGGCGGCGGCGGCAUGCACAGUGGCGGCAUGGCCGACCGUGGCCAGCGCAAGGCUCGCACUAUUCUUCACACCCACAAGGUCUCGCUCGAGGACAUUUACCGCGGCAAGGUCUCCAAAUUAGCUCUCCAGCGCUCCAUCAUCUGCCCCAAGUGCUCGGGUAUUGGUGGUAAGGAGGGUUCUGUUAAGCGUUGCACGGGCUGUGACGGCCAUGGCAGGAAGUUCAUGAUGCGCCAGCUCGGACCCAUGAUCCAGCGCUUCCAGACUGAAUGCCCUGACUGUAACGGCGAAGGUGAGAUCAUUAAGGAAAGAGAUCGCUGCAAGCAGUGCCACGGCAAGAAGACCAUUGUCGACCGCAAGGUGCUCCAUGUCCACGUCGACAAGGGCGUUCCCAAUGGUAACAAGGUCGAAUUCCGUGGUGAUGGAGACCAAGCGCCUGGUGUCCUGGCCGGUGACGUCGUUUUCGACAUCGAACAGAAGCCUCAUGCUCGCUUCAAACGAGCGGGUGACAAUCUCCUGUAUAACUGCAAGAUUGACCUCGUUACCGCCCUUGCUGGUGGCACCAUCUACAUUGAGCACCUGGACGAACGCUGGCUGAGCAUCGAUAUCCUCCCAGGCGAGGCAAUCAUUUCAGGAUCUAUGAAAACGAUCCGCGGCGAGGGUAUGCCCUCCUACCGCCAUCACAACCACGGCAACUUGUACAUCCGCUUCGAAGUCCUGAUGCCCGACAAGAAUUGGACAAGCGACCCUGCUGCUUUCGAGGCCCUACGGAACGCACUGCCUUCGCCAUCCGUGCAGAAUAUCCCUCCAACUGAAGCUAUGACCGAGACGGGCGUGUCCGAAGACAUCUCCGAGGAAGAGCAUAGUCAAGUUGUAGAAGCCCUGGAUGCAAUCAGGAAAGCUGAAGACAAGAAGCAUCAGGCCGGAAUGGAAGAUGAGUAUGGUGGUGCUGGCGGCCGUGAGCACAUGCAAUGCGCUUCGCAGUAA